AUGGGGAUUGACUCUGGAGUUAAUAUUUCAGAUGAUGUUGCACCUUACGGAGGAAAAAGUGCCUUUACUCAAACGGAGCACAACAUCGUGGCUGGAUAUCUUAUUACUGCAGGAGUCAUCAGUUUAACAAGCAACAUCGUGGUGCUGCUCAUGUUUGUGAAGUUUAAGGAGCUCCGCACGGCCACCAACUUCAUUAUCAUCAACCUGGCAUUAACUGAUGUUGGAGUGGCUGGAAUCGGCUAUCCCAUGUCAGCUGCCUCAGACAUCCAUGGCAGCUGGAAAUUCGGCUACACCGGUUGUCAGAUCUAUGCAGCUCUUAACAUCUUCUUUGGCAUGGCCAGUAUCGGCCUGUUGACUGUGGUGGCCAUCGACCGCUAUCUCACCAUCUGCAGACCAGACAUAGGGCAGAAAAUGACGAUGCAAUCAUACAACCUUCUCAUUCUGGCAGCGUGGCUGAAUGCUGUGUUCUGGUCCUCCAUGCCCGUAGUGGGAUGGUCUGGAUAUGCUCCUGACCCCACUGGAGCUACAUGCACCAUCAACUGGAGACAGAAUGAUGCCUCCUUCAUCUCCUACACCAUGGCAGUGAUCGCAGUGAACUUUGUGUUGCCUCUGUCUGUCAUGUUUUACUGCUACUACAAUGUGUCAGCCACUGUGAAAAGAUACAAAGCCGGCAACUGCCUGGACAGCAUCAACAUCGACUGGUCGGAUCAGAUGGAUGUCACCAAGAUGUCCAUGGUGAUGAUUGUCAUGUUCCUGGUGGCCUGGUCUCCCUACUCCAUGGUGUGCCUCUGGGCAUCCUUUGGUGACCCCAAGACCAUACCUGCCACGAUGGCCAUCAUCGCUCCACUCUUUGCCAAGUCCUCCACUUUUUACAACCCCUGCAUUUAUGUUAUUGCCAACAAAAAGUUCAGAAGAGCCAUAAUAGGAAUGGUCCGAUGUCAAACCAGGCAGCGAGUCACCAUCAAUACCCAGGUUGCAAUGACAACUUCCCAACAACCUCUGACCCAGUGA